UAAACAAGGGCCGCACUGCUUGUUUCUUGUUGGUUGGACUUGAUCGACCAUUCGUUCGUUAAGCCGUGUUCUUCGGCCGCUGACUGAUCAUCCUUCCUUCUCCACGGGAUCCGGUCCAUCACGGCUGAUUAGUUAGGAGGAGUCAGGGUUAGGGCUCAAGAUGCGGUUGACUUGGCUGUGCUAUGGUCGGAAACGAAUCAAUUACACGGAGUUGCAAUACCCGAUGCGAUGGAACAAUUGGUGGCAAGUUCAACGCCAUCAAACCGUCUUCAAUUACAAUUACGUCCAACGCCUCCAAGAAAAAGGCAUCACCGUGCACGCACCCGAGGAUGUGCUCAAAUAUCCCGUGAUGCCCGAGAUGCCCGCCUUUCCCGAUGUGGAUGCGGCCGCUCAUGAUCCAGUGCGCAGCCCUUUUGAUCAGCCCUCCGAGCACCCGCUCUAUCAUCCAGAACCCGCAUACACGUUUAAGGAUCGGAGCAGGUUCCCGGCCCAACAAGAGUUGCAUCACGCCUUGAGCUUAACUAAAUCCAUGGUCUGCGCUGAGGGUCUGCCGGCCCGCGUUCAGGCUGCCACUCCCGUGGCUCCGGUUUUCGAUGAGCAAGAUCGGCGCAUCCAGGACGUGAUUCGGGAGUCGUUCAUGUUUGACGCCACGCAAAAGAAGUUGCCGCGUUUGGUGGCCGUUCCGCAUAUUGGCUGGACUCCAGUGGUGGAUCAGAUGAACCGUCCAUUGCCAUAUCCCACGGAUAAGGUCUCGUGGCAAAGACGGGUUAAAGCCGAUUAUGGUAUUCCCAUGCUGCGUCGUCUUGAGAACCUCACCCGGGGAUUGAUCCGACACUGCGAGGGAUUGGCUCCCGCCUAUCCCAACCUCUUAGAUCGACAGGUGUUGGAAAGAAAUUCCAUUCGCCAAUUAUAUCGUCGCCACGGCAAGUUGGUCCAGAUCUAUGUGUCCAUCCCUUUCAUGGUCACCGACCCUCAACCUUUGCCCCCGUUCCUCACGCCUGACCAGGUCCAGGACACGCGCGAUUCGAACUUACCCGACCUGCACCCUAUGAAUUGUUUCGCGGCAAUCUGGCCCAAACACAUUUACCGUGACCAAAACAACUUCCCCGUCAAAGAAAGCACACAUUCAGCGCCGCACGUGCACUUAGCCUUUGCUUUCGAGAGUCUACGCGAAUGCUAUUGGUCGCCCCAAGUUUAUGCGGCUCGAAGUUUGACCAUGGCUUUUGCCUUGGCAUUGGGUCAGGCUCGCAUGAAAUACGGUCCCGAAUUUGUGGGCGAGUUGCCAGAGCCCGUUGCCGUACAGUUUGUCAAGACCAAUGGCUUCCGAACUACUUUCUCAGCUUUCCAAUUGAACACACUUGAUUUGGAAAACGACGAAGGCGUCAAAAAUGUGUUUUGGCACGCGCCUCGUCAAGACUUUUUCACCCAAUGCGAAUAUGCCCAGGCAUUGCCCAUUUUCCGCGGCUAUAAUCCGGAAGUGUUCAAAACAUUAAUCGGCAUGUACUUGCAAGGGGUCAAGCAAUAAUAACCGUGCGAUAACGAGGUGAAGUGAGAUUUAUAAAAGUCAGUGGCCUAGCUACAAUUCAACGUGGACAAUUCUUGGACUUAUUUCGAUUUCUUAUCCUUGGCUUUGGGCCUGCCCGUGGUACGUUUUCCAGCCGCACCCGACUUGUCCUUGGCCCCGCCCGACUUGGCCAUCAUAGGAUGCACUUCUAAAGAAGCAGAAAAAAAAAUAUAUAAAAGAAACAGUAUGA